AUAACAAAAAUUAGAAAAUUGUUAUUCUUUUUUUAUAAGGGGGCACGUGUCAACUGAACGCCUCCAUUUUGGAACGCGGCUAACACAGCAUUGCUCGCUCCUUAUUACAGCGAAUUUCUCUCUGCUUUGGCACAGUGAACACCAAAUUGGAAGCUGAUUUAGAAGAAGGGAUGGCCCUUUUCAGUGUAAAGCUCUCUCCUUUGCCUUUCACCUUCCAUGUUGUCUCUGCUUCUAAAGAAGCAAACUCCUCCAGCUCAAAGCCAUUGAAGCCCAGAGAAGAUUGGAGGCACAGAUCCAGACCCAUUCCUCCUGGUGGGAUCUACCCAGCUACGGACCAUUGCAGCCAUUGCGGGUUGUGUGAUACUUACUACAUAGCUCAUGUAAAAAGUGCAUGUGCUUUCUUGGGGAAUGGCAUGUCCAGAGUUGAGGCUUUGGAGCCUGUGGUACAUGGCCGGGGAAGGAAAGUUGAUUCACUGGAUGAAACUUAUAUGGGUGUGCACGAGAAGUUACUUUAUGCUCGUAAAACUAAGCCGUUAGAAGGAGCCCAAUGGACAGGCAUCGUGACAACAAUUGCAACGGAGAUGUUGAGAGCUGAUAUGGUAGAUGCUGUUGUUUGUGUCCAGAGGUAUUCUUUAUUCUACUUCAACUGUUCACCCCAGUGAUCCAGAAGAUAGAUUUGUUCCCCGUCCCAUCUUAGCAAGGACACCAGAGGAAGUACUAGCGGCUAAAGGAGUCAAGCCAACACUCUCUCCUAAUUUGAACACUCUUGCUUUAGUUGAGGCAGCUGGUGUGAAGAGACUUCUGUUCUGUGGUGUCGGAUGCCAAGUGCAAGCUUUAAGAUCAGUUGAGCACUAUUUGGGUUUGGAAAAACUUUAUGUUUUAGGCACCAACUGUGUGGAUAAUGGAACACGAGAAGGAUUAGAUAAGUUCUUAAAGGCUGCUAGUGAUGAACCAGAUACUGUGCUUCAUUAUGAGUUUAUGCAAGACUACAAGGUCCACCUGAAACAUUUGGAUGGGCGCAUUGAAGAGGUUCCCUACUUCUCUUUACCAGCAAAUGAGUUAGUUGAUGUCAUUGCACCAUCAUGUUACAGCUGUUUUGACUACACAAAUGCAUUAGCGGUGAGUUUUCUCUACCAAAAGAAUUUGCAAAUCUUUUAACGUGAAAUAAAGAGUGAAACAUUAUCUUUUUACAUAAAAAUGCAAGCACUGUCAUUAACCUUUCCAGGAUUUGGUAGUGGGGUAUAUGGGUGUGCCCAAAUAUGCUGGAAUUAGCAUGACGAAACACCCCCAGUACAUUACCAUCAGAAAUGAACGCGGAAGAGAAAUGCUUAGCCUUGUCGAGCAUCUCUUGGAAGUCUCACAUACAAUCAGCACUGGUGAGAGGAGGCCAUUUGUUAUGGAAACUGUGAAGGCAGAUGACAAUGCUAAGUUGGGAAGAGGUCCUUCGAAGCCUGCCCCAAAGUUUAUAGGCAACCUAAUAGCAUUUAUUUUGAACCUUGUGGGUCCAAAGGGUCUGGAAUUCGCGCGGUAUUCAAUAGAUUACCACACGAUACGCAAUUAUCUGCACAUCGUCCGCACAUGGGGACACGAAAGAGCUGGAUUGCACAUGCCAUCAUAUGCAAAGAAAAUAGUUUCCAUGUAUAACCGGAAUGGUGAAAUUGACCGGAUGCUUGAGAAGUGAUG